AUGACGCUAAGCUGGGAAAGAAGAGAAGCAGGAGGCGCUAAUCCGAGAGAAAGCUUCCAGGUCUACGUUCUCAGCUACAUCACCUUUUUCAACGAAGAAACUACGGCUUGCGACAAAUUCACCUGGGCCUACUGGUGGUGGAUGAGUAAUCCUAAGCUUACCAGGGAUCUCCGCAAGCAACUUAAUGGCUUCGUCCGGGCUGUUAACGCAGUAAUUAAGGCCGCCGCACAGGAUCUGGAACGCAUAGGAGUGAUCUUUAUCGAAGAUAUGGAUAGUUGGUACAAUGGCCAUUGCUACUGCAAGAGUUGGCAUACUACCAGGGAUAUGACCGACUACGAAACAUGGUUCUGGUCCCCUUAUGCCAAGUUCAACACUCCAUCUGAAGGGCCAGGCGAUCCUACUAACCUAUACCCGGCCGGAAACGUGGACCCCGGGCAGCUGCUUCUGGAUUUUGUCUUCCCUGGGCAAAACAUAGACAUCGCAACCGUGUCCGACACAUCACCGCCGCUAUGGGAGUGGGAGGGUGCCGACAAGUAUCCGACGUUCGAAGCCCUUCUGGCCGCGAUUCAGGGAAACUUCACUACAUCGGGAGGCGACGCCGUCCCAUUCCCCAUGGUGCGGACCUUCCAUCCCAAGGGCACGGCAUACGGUAAACAUAGCAUUGCAGCCUUCACCUCAAUAGUAGAGAACAGAGAAACUUUCGUCGCAAGUAUUGCUGGCGGCAAAUAUACCGAGCGAUACAAGGAUGUGAGCCUCCCUAUUUCUUUAAUAGACAUUAAGGGCGACCACCUCCUUGUGGCAACCUGUACCGACAAGGACGGAAAGGGAGUGCGGACCCAGGAGGAACUUGGACUUUGCCUGCGUUACGACAAUGGAGCCCUAAUACCCGCAGACAAUGGACAAUAUACACAGAAUUGCCAUGGCUGCUUUUUCAAUGGUCCAGAAUCGCCUGAUCACAAUACCACGCUAUGGUGUAUUUGCAAGAAUGACAAUGAUCUUGACACCAAAUCUGCUUCUGUUAAACUGGAUGAUUUCAUGACAGUUCAGGAUAAUGGAUACGUUAAGUGUUAUGGUCAUAUCAGCGCCCCAACUAGUCUCAAACGGUGGGAACGUGGGAGUUGGUGAAGAAGGGCGAGAUGCUUGGUUUGAGCUUUGUGACCAACUUUAUGAUCAAAGAGAUGGUUAAGGGGAAGGGCAUGAUGAUUAGUCGGGAGAUCAGGGAUAUUGUCCCCCUUGCGAUGUCUGUUGGGCCUGCGAACAGUAGCACGG